AUGCCAAUGUCGAUGCCUAUGAACCCGUACGGAAUGCCGCCCAUGAUGGGAUUUCCUGCCGUCCCUGGUGGUGGUGGUGGCCGGAUCCAUGUCAAUCCCAAGUUUGCAGGUUCUCUACCGAAAUUACCAAUGCAUGCAAUGAACCCGGCCGAUCAGGCGGCCCGAAAUGAAAUGUUGGAGAAACAGCGCCAGCAUUUAUUACAAAUGCAGCAACAAAGACGACAACAGAGUAGACAACCAACCGACGAUCGUCGAAUGCCGGCGUCUCAUCAGAAACAAGAUGUCUCUGUUUCAAACACAACUGUCUCCCGGCAGACACAUGACGUGGGUAGUCAUGUGUUGCUAAACGCCAAGCGGAAACAGGGGUCGAAUAUGGAGCAUGAUCGGCCACUGAAGCGAUCAACGAUUAACGAUCGUCUUAAUAAUACACAAUCUUUGGUGAACGAGGAUUCGGCAGCAUCUCGGUCACCGGGAGGGUUCUCGAUCAAAGGCGCCGCGGCGGCAGCCGCCGCCGCAGCAGCACAAAGCCAUUCGCCUCCUCAUGUAUCAGACCGGUUUGCAAACAAUGAUUCCGCCAGUGCGGCCGCGGCUCAGAAUGUUCGACGAUUAACCAUGGGACAUACGGCUACGCGAGGCGACCGGCGCAUGUCGCCUUAUGCGCGCCCUCCUCCAUCGAACCAAGUCAGAAAUGGAGUUCGACAAGAAGCGGCGAUGCCUACGCAACCCGAUAUCAAACCGGUUUCAUCGCCCAUCCCCGUGUCUACGGCUGGAAAAUCCGCAGAACUGGUGAUAACGAAUUUAAUCAACGCAAAAGUAGAAGACAUCAAGUCUUUGGGCGACAAACUGAGAUUGGCUUCAAAAAUCAAGGAUAUCCAAGUCCAUUCCGCAGAGAAAAAGGCCAACCUUAUAUUUCAAAGUAUUGAAGAUGCAGCAAUAUUCCGUCGCUCUUACAACAAGCAAAUCAUUGGCGAUGAUCGGGUGAAUAUUGCGUUUGUGAAAAAGUAG